CUCCCCACAGUGUAUUGUGAUAAAUGAGACAGUACAUAUGAAGCAUUUAUUUUUUGGAAGCAUUUAAUAUAUAUCUUGGCACGUUGAAAGUCCCCAAGAAAUGGAAACUGUUCUUUAUCACUGUGAUAUUGCUAUUACUUGGCAGUGACCUAGAUUUCUUUGGUCACCAACUUGAGGCCUGAGGACAGGAAUCAUUCUGUUCCUAUGAUGUGGACCUUCCAUGGGUAAGUGUUGGUGAAACUCAGAUACAGGGACUCUCUAUACCCAGCAACUCCAUGAUAGUAAUUCAAGGACCCUCAAUAUUUGCUGAUGAAACAUUACUUUCAAUCUUCUUAAAACCUUAAGGCUAUCUAAAGGGAAUGUGGAGGAGGGUAUGGAUUCUGACCUAACAAAAGUAGUUCCUAAGCAAGCUUGGGUGUGAGGGUGCCACCUACUGGGCCCUCUGAGAACCCUGAUUUGCCUCAGUGCUGGAACCAUGGUGCAUACAAUGAAUGACUUAGAGAUCUAUCAGCCAUGGCUCUGAGAUCAAGUCCAAGAUUCAAUAUACAGGGUGAGACCUUAUUGUAACCUCUUGUGAAUAUAGGCAGAUAUUUAUUGGCAUUUAAAACAUUUAUACAACAAACAAAUUUUAAAAACCAAAAUUAUAUGCUGUAUUUCUAGGGGUCUGGACUCAUCUUCAUGAUUCAAAUGAGGAAAACAGUGAUUAGAUACUUGGAAAUACAAUAAGACUUAUCAGGAACAUUUAUAUAUUUUGUAAUAUUGUUAUAUCAGUCGAAGGCUGGGCUCCAAAGCUUCCAGAAGAAAAGGAAUUGACUACCAACUACUCCAACAUGUUUCUAAGAAAGGUUCACACAGGCUUGGCCCCAGCCACAACCACACUGGAUUUAUCCUACAACCUCUUAUUUCAACUCCAGAGUUCAGAUUUUCAUUCUGUCUUCAAACUGAGAGCUUUAAUUAUGUGCCAUAACAGAAUCCAACAGCUGGAUAUCAAGAUCUUUGAAUUCAACCAAGAGUUAAGAUAUUUAGAUUUGUCUUACAAUAGAUUGAAGGCGGUAACUGGGUACUCGCUGGCAGCUCUCAGACAUUUAGAUCUUUUCUUUAAUGACUUUGAAACUGUGCCUAUUUGUGAGGAGAUUGGUAACAUGACACAGCUGGAAACCCUAGGUUUGAGUGGAGCAAAAAUAUAAAAAUCAGAUUUCCAGAAAAUUGCUCAUUUGCAUCUCAGUACUGUCUUCUUUGGGCUGAGAAGUCUUUCUCACUAUGAGGAAGGCAGCCUACCUCUCUUAAAUACAACAAAACUUCACAUCAUUUUACCAAUGAACAUACAUUUCUGGGUUCUUUUGCAUGAUGGACUCAAGACUUCAAGAGUAUUGCAAUUGACAAAUAUAGAUGGCAAAAGCCAGUUUCUAAAUUAUGACAAUGAACAGAGUCUUAUUUUAGAGAAUGCUAAGACAUCUACUUUGUUACUUAAUAAAGUUGAUUUACUCUGGGAUGACCUUCUCCUCAUCUUCCAAUUUGUUUGGCAUACAUCAGUGGAAUACUUCCAGAUCCGGGAUAUGACUUUUGGAGGCCAGGUUUACCUUGACCACAAUUCAUUCGACUACUCAAAUACCGUAAUGAGAACUAUAAGUCUGGAGCAUGUAUAUUUCAGAGUUUUUUCUGUUCCACAGGAUAGAAUCUACUUGCUUUUUACAAAAAUGGAUAUAGAAAACCUGACAAUAUCAGAUGCAAAAAUGCCGCAUAUGCUUUUCCCUAAUUCUCCAAAUUUCCGGUAUUUAAAUUUUGCCAAUAAUAUCUUAACAGAUGAAGUAUUUAAAAAUCCUAUCCAGUUGCCUUAUUUGAACACUCUGAUUCUGAAGGGCAAUAAGCUGGAGUCGCUUUCCUUAGUGAGCUGUUUUGCUAACCACACAGCCUUGAUGUACUUGGAUCUAAGCCAAAAUCUAUUGCAGCAAAUAAAUGAUGAAAAUUGCUUGUGGCCAGAAACUUUGAUCAGCAUGAACUUGUCAUCCAAUAAAUUCGCUGAUUCUGUUUUCAGGUGCUUGCCCAGAAGUAUUCAAAUUCUUGACCUGAGCUAUAACAAAAUUCAAAGUAUCCCUAAAGAGAUUAUUCAUUUGAAGUCUUUAUGAGAGCUAAAUAUUGCGUUUAAUUUUCUAACUGAUCUCCCUGGGUGCAGUCAUCUCAGAAGACUCUCAGUUCUGAACAUUGAAAUGAACUUAAUUCUCACCCCAUCUCUGGAUUUUUUUCAGAGCUGCCAGGAAGUUAAGACACUAAAUGCAGGAAGAAAUCCAUUCCAGUGUACUUGUGAAUUAAGAGAUUUCAUCCAGCUUGGAAAGUAUUCAAAGGGCAUGAUGGUUGGAUGGCCAGAUUCAUACAUCUGUGAACACCCUUUGAAUCUGCAGAGGACUCUGUUAAAAGAUAUUUAUCUCUCUGAGUUGUCUUGCAACACAGCUCUGUUGAUCAUCACUGUUGUUGUCCUCUUGCUGAUUCUGGUGAUGGCUGCAGCUAUCUGUUUCCUCCACUGUGAUGUGCUCUGGUAUCUCAGGAUGCUGGGUCGGUGGAUGCAGACAUGGCACUGGGUUAGGAAGGCAGCACAAGAACAGCCUAGGAGAAAUGUUCAGUUCCAUGCAUUUGUUUCGUAUAGUGAACAUGAUUCUUUCUGGGUGAAGAACAAAUUGAUCCCCAAUCUAGAGAAAGAAGAUGGCUCUGUCUUGGUUUGUCUUUGUGAGAGAAACUUUGAGCCUGGCAAGAGCAUUACUGAAAAUAUCUUUAGCUGCAUUGAGAAGAGCUGUAAGUCCAUCUUUGUUUUGUCUCCCAACUUUGUCCAGAGUGAAUGGUGCCAUUAUGAACUCUACUGCCAUGAAAAUUCUGAUCACAUCAUUUGUCUCUUACUGGAGCCCAUUCCAUUGUACUGCAUCCCUACCUGCUUUCCUAGGCUGAAAGCUCUCAUAGAAAAGAAAGCAUACUUGGAAUGGCCCAAGGAUAGGCAUAAAUGUGGGCUUUUUUGGGCAAACCUUUGCACUAUUAGUGCUAAUUUAGUAGACACUAGAGAAAUGUGUGAACUACAGACAUUCACAGAACUGAGUGGAGAGUCCCGAGGUUCUGCUGUCUCUCUAAUAAGGACAGACUGUGUAUAAACUGCCAGGCCCCCAGGACAGUUAGGGACCACAUACAUUGUUGGGAUAUAAGUAGAUACAACCUUUAUGAUGGCAACUUGACAAUAUCUGUUAAAAUAAAAAAUGAAAAACUCACGUCAAUUCCUAGAAAGAUUUCUAAGAAUGUAUUCUCAGAAAUGGCUGCACAAAUUUGCAAAGUUUUAUGUAAAAAGAUGUUUAUCCAAGCAUUGUUUAUAAUCAUAAAAAAUUUAAAAUCAUCCCAAAUGUCCACCAAAUAAAGAUUGAUUCCAUAAAGUAUAAAACAUCCAUAAUGGAAUAUUAUAUAGCAUUAAAAAGAAUUAGGUAGUUCUGUAUUUACUAGUAUAGAUAAACUUAUAUUAAUAUGUUAGUUUAUACAUUGAAAUAAAAGUAUGCAAGAUUCUAUGUCAGUAUACUGUAUAGCAAUAGUGAUUUGGGUCUAGGAGGUUGGAUUACAGGAAGCAUUUGAUUUCUAUGUUGUAUUUUUCUAUAAUGGUUGAAUUUUUUAGAGUGAAUCUCUAUUUCUUUUUCAAGUAAAAAAAUAAAGAUAAUUUUUA